AUGCAAAACCGUAUCUCUUACACGCAUGGCUCUUUUGGAUAUCAUAUCAUGCUCUCCUCAUCAAUGCACGGCCAUUCGUAUUCCGCACUAAUCAUAAGCAUGCCAACCACUCGAGCAUCCCAUCGUCACCAAUCAGCAUGGCGCUGCUCUACAUUUUAUUCAUCAAUCCAGUUCACUCUAUAUUUUGCUUCGCCACUGCUUGCCAUCAUGGCUAGCAAUCGACCAAAAAACGUAGACAUCUCUCAAAGCAUCGCAUGGACUCCGCACAAAAGCAGCUGGCUCAUCCAUCCACUAGCACUCGCUCUUAUCCACCUCACACUCUCCAUCGCAAUCGAUCCAAACACCAGUUUACAGCUUGCAUUGAUCAUUUACAACAUCUCAACAUUCAUACUCUUCCAUAUGAUCCCCGGCAUUCCAUUCAACAACAGAUACUCAACUCACACCUUCUGGGAACAGCUUUCUGAGCAGCUUGAAUCAUCCCCAGGCCUCAUAUUCAUAUCUAUCUUUCCAAUCAUUGCAUUCUUCACAAUCAGCCUCGUUGUCUACUGGCGUACUGCUUUUCUUUAUGCAUGCAUCGCAUCUCUGGCCCUUGUGAUAAUCCCAAAGUUCGGAUUCAUGCAUCUAAAGCGCAUGCUCAGUAUCAGCAAAUAG